AGAUACAGAGUCAGUGAAGAAGAGAGUGCAGCCAGGGAGACACUAAUCAAAGACUUAUCAGUUGGUUAGCCAGUAAAUCUGCUUCCAGGGAUCCCUGAUGUGGUGCCGUUUUUUGGAGGGAUUUUACAUCUGCAACCUCUUGGGAUAGCCUAAAAGAAAGCCUGUCACGAUGGGAAGCUGGAAUCCACCAGGAGUUAUUGCCUCCUGUGACCUGAAUCUUCUGUUGGUCGGUCCCAGGCGGACCGGCAAGAGCUCUACCGGAAAUACCUUGCUGGGCCGGGAACAGGUUUUUGACACCAAAGGGGGCGGAGCCAGCACAACUGCCAGUGCCACAACCACUGGACGUCACGUGACUGUUGUGGACUCACAAGGUUGGGGUUCCUCUGAAGAGUUUGUGCCCCGAGAGGAGAAAAUUGAACUGAUGCGGGCAUUGUCUCUUUGUGGACUUGGAGGACCUCAUGUUAUUCUGUUGGUAAUCCAACUGUUGGACUUUUCUGAACCGGAGAGAAGGGCAUUGGAGAGGAGGAUGGAGAUGUUGACUCCAUCAGUUUGGAGACACACAAUGGUGUUGUUCACAUGUGGAGACUUGAAUGGGGGUAGAGGGCUGAGUGUGGAGGAGCGCAUCCAAUCAAGCGGCCCCGCUUUGCAGUGGCUGAUGAAAAAAUGUCGCUAUAGAUAUCACGUGUUUGACAAUAAGAAAGACAUAACCAAGCAAGAGAGUAGAAGGCAGGAAGUGCAAGGAGGAGGGAAGAAAAGAGGGAGGACUUGGUGGAAGAAUACUGAAGAUGGGGAGAGGAGGAAGAAUGGAGAGGGUGAGGCAGUUGGUAGAAAGUGUGGAGAGCAGGAGCAAGUGAGAGAGCUGCUGGGUAAAGUGGAGGAUAUGCUGCAGGAGAAUGGAGGAUGGCACUUCUCCCUUCAUAUGUAUCAGAGGAUGGAGGAGGAGUGGUGCCGCAGAGAGCAGGAGCUGAGAGCUCGGCUGGAGGCGGAGACAGAUGUGGGAGGUGGGAAGAGAAAUCAAACGACAGCAGAGGCGAAGAUAAACAUGGAGCUGGAGCCAGAGCAAAGGUCAGACACAGAAGAAGAAGAGAGAGGGGAAGACUGCCUGAGGAUAGAGCUAAAGAGGAAGAAGAGGUAUAUGGAGAGGAAGGUGAAUAGAGAGGAGGAUGAAGAUGAAGGUGUGAAGGUAGAGCUGAGCAGUGAAGAUGAUGGAUGGUACACAGGUUCAGACAGUGGAGGAGAGAGGGAGGAGGGUGAUGAUGUUAAAACUGAACUCAUGGCUCCAUUUCUGUCUAAUGGGGGUCAAAGGUUAGCGUUUAGUCCAAUCAGAGGAAUUGCAUAAAAACACCAAGGUUGCGAAAUCUGUUUUUAUUCCAACUGUAUUAAACUAAAACAGUGACUAAUAUCCUGGGACACACUCAGGGACACCCAGUCCUUAUAAACUCCAGACUUGCAAUAUUCUCAUGGAUGUUAUGAUGUUUCCUGCUUCCAAGAGACAACUGCACUCAAUGGCUUGAUAUUUCAGGACAACAUGUGAUGACAUAACUAUGAUGACACUACAGCUUGUAAGCUCACUUUUGCACAAACAGCCAACCUCAUGUUGAUAUCUACAGGAAGUUCCUGCCGAGCCAAGAUGAUUUAAUUUAUAACCAACUGCAAUGUGUAAUCUUAACACUCAGUUUAGUAUAAGGCAUAUCAUGUAAACAACUAAGCUUUGUUGGAGUGGUAGGAGUAAAUAAUAAACCCUUUGAACAGCAACAGGCUAGCUGUUUCCUUGUGUCCAGAUUUUAGGCUAAGCUAAGCAAAUUGACUUCUGGUUGUAUUUUUCAUAUUUACUGUUCAGCCAUAACAGAAUAACAAUCCUCUCUUCUAUCAGGCAAACAUGUAAAAUAUCCCCUUUAUUGAGAAGAACAUGCAUUGUAUUUGUAGCUACUUGUGUCUCAUAUUUUUGUGUCAUGUGUUGUCUUUAAAUUGUGUAGCAUUGAAAAAAUAUGAGGCACCUUUUUAUUAUAAAUCCUACUUCUGCACUGUUAGGAAUCUAUUGUUGAUUGCAUGGGCCCGUGUAGUUAACUUUGUGUCUAUAAUAGCAGUAUUAUUUAAGAUUUGUCUAAUUUUGCUUCUAGUUAACAUUCUGUUAAACUAGACUAAUUACAUUUCAAUUGUCUUGCUCAUGAAGCAUAAAUGUAAAAAAAAGUCUGUUACUAGUGAAAAAGUUGUAGAAUAAACUGUAAUAAAGCAGAAGUCUUGUUGAA